CUCCUUCAUUUUUUCAACACAACUUUCACUUCUAUUUCUCAAAAUUCCCAAAUUUCCCCCUCCGAUUCCCCAUUUCCGGCGACUCCCGCUGCUUGCUCCCCUCCGGCGACUCGUCCACGCCGCCGUUUCCACCGCGCCCCUGCUCGCCCCGCCUCGCUCCGCCCCGCGCCGCUCCGCGCCCUGCGCUGCUGCCCGCCCCGCGCCUCGCCGCUGGUCGCCCCGCCUCGCGCCGCUGCCGCCCUGCGCCGCUGCUCGCCCCGCUGCCCGUCCCACGCCGCGCUGCUGCCCGCCUCGCUCCGCCCCGCGCCGCUCCGCGCCCUGCGCUGCUGCCCGCCCCGCGCCUCGCCGCUGGUCGCCCCGCCUCGCGCCGCUGCCGCCCUGCGCCGCUGCUCGCCCCGCUGCCCGUCCCGCGCCGCUGCCGCCCUGCGCCGCUGCUCGCCCCGCCCUGCGCCGCUGCCCGUCCCACGCCGCGCUGCUGCUCGCCCCGCCCCUCCCUGGCGCCGUGUCCUCUGCUGCCAGCGCCGGAUUCCUCCGCCGCCACCGGUCCUCCUCCUCCGCGGCCACCGGUCCUCUUCCUCCGCUGCCUGCGUCCGUCGGAUUGCUCCAUAGGUUAUUAGUAUUGUACCCUCUUUAGAAGAUGAUCCAUGGAAGAGCAGGGGUUACUAUCUGAGGGUUUCAGAUUCAGUGCAUUCGGCCUAUGUGUCGGUAUCCGAUGAAGAUGUGGAGUUGAUACUGAGUGACAUGGUCCAGCUGGGGCAGUUCAUCUACGUGACUUGGCUCGAUUACGGCUCCCCUGUCCCGGUGCUACGUGGCAUCAAACCGAACACCAAGAGGCGGCCUUGUGUGGGUGAUCCUAAGGAUUUGAUUUCUAGUGAUUUCUUGAAUGCCAAGAAAGUGGAAACUAGGACAAAAUCCAAGGGGAAAGUCAAAAAAGUGGUAGGGAGCGAAGAGGGAAGUCUCAGAAGGCUCUCUUUUGGAAAUGGCAAGGUUGGAGGAGGUAUGGAGAGUAGAAGAAUGAGCUUGGAUUCAGCACGACGAGGAUGGAAUUCUAGUGUUCAGAAUAAAAAUGGCGGGAAAGGUUCAUCAAAGUCUAAACCAAAAGACACUUCUUCACCUUCACAUUCUGGCCCUCUUGUCGAUCCUCAACGAUUUAUGGACGUGGAGCAGCAAUUACAGGAUGCAUUAGUGGAGAUAGCACGUCAAAAGGAGGAGAUGAGGCAGAAAGAUGAGCAGACCGAUGCUCGAUUUCAGGCUCAGCAGCGUAUGUUCGAGGAGAUAUUGGCUAGGCUUCCACCUGGACCCACUGGACCCACUCCACCCACUGGACCAUCAUCUUGAUUAUGUUGUGUUUUUGUAUUUUGAAUACUUGAAUAUUUCUAUUAUAUAUUUGUGAACAUUUGAAUAUUUUGUUAAGUUAUGACUAUUCGAAUGCUAAUUUAAAUUUCAUUUGGUGUUUUCGA